GAGUCCAUGUGGGCGCCGGCGCGGCGGGUUGCGGUGCGGGGUCGCCAUGGCGGAGCUGCAGCAGCUCCGGGUGCAGGAGGCGGUGGACUCCAUGGUGAAGAGUCUGGAGAGAGAGAACAUCCGGAAGAUGCAGGGCCUCAUGUUCCGGUGCAGCGCCAGCUGUUGUGAGGACAGCCAGGCAUCCAUGCAGCAGGUGCACCAGUGCAUUGAGCGCUGCCAUGCGCCUCUGGCUCAAGCCCAGGCCCUGGUGACCAGCGAGUUGGAGAAGUUCCAGGACCGCCUGGCCCGGUGCAGUAUGCAUUGCAGUGACAAAGCCAAAGAUUCAAUGGAUGCUGGAAGUAAAGAGCUUCAGGUGAAGCAGCAGCUGGAGAGUUGUGUGACCAAGUGUGUGGAUGACCACAUGCACCUCAUCCCUACCAUGACUAAGAAAAUGAAGGAGUCUCUCUCAUCCAUUGGGAAGUAGAAGUCUUUGCCCUUGGCCAUCGAGGCUGAGGACAGGAAUCUAUUUAAAAAGAAGAGUGGGAAUUUUGGUCUUUUAAGGGAAGUUUAUGAAUGAAGAAAUUGUGGAUGGCAGCAAAUUUAAGGCAUAUGUCACUUGCCUCUGGACAUUGGUUUCUUUACGUUUCAAUCCUAGAAAGUGAAAGGGAAAAAACUGGUGCUAAAAUAUGGGUCAGAGAUAGCACAGGAGAGUUUCUGAGAGCCUAAAUUGCAUGUGGCAAGUGCUUAUCCUGGCACUAGGGAUCUCCCCUGUACCAAACCAGCACCCUCAAGGUACCAGAUUCUUCUCAGUACACGGGUACCAGCAGGCUGGCAGGUUCCUCUCAGCUGCCUAUGAUCUGGUAGAGUGGGAAGAGAGGUGUUUUCUUUUUGUUGCCAACCUUCUGUUUACCAGAAGGAUCACCACACCAUUUUCCAUAAGCUGUAAAACAAAAUCCAUGAGGUCACUAAUUUAGAAGGGGAAAAAAGGUUUCUGGGUCUUUGUUUUGCUUGGUUUUGUUUUAUAUACAAGGGCAUGAAGUUGAUUUAAGAAGUGGAGUUGGGAGAGGUAGUUUGGAUAAGAACUUUGAAAAGUUUCUUCCAGAUAUCCGUUUCUGGCCAUCAAGAUAUGGAUCUGCAUUUCUUAAAAUUCUCAUGCAUUACAUCCUUCAGCCUGGGGACCCUGUGAAAACAUGAGAGGCGAUGUCAUCCUCGGUAUGGGAAGCAGACCUUCCCUCUCACUGGCUGCCGUGAUGGGCCUGGAGGCUAUCUACAGCAGAGUGACAGGACAAUCUUGCAGGGACACUCUCCCUUGAAGGGAAAGGGGGUUUUGAUUGUGCUAUAUACCAGUAUCUAGGAAUGAACAGUGAAAGAGGAACUGCUGGCUGCUUAAUUAAGAGGGUUAUGAAGUACUGAAUUUGGAAAAACCUGAUUUUCCUAGAACAGAAUGGAAUGAAAGCCUAAACCCAGUAUUGCUUACUUAGCCCCCUGAAAUACCAGAGCCCUAUUGAGACAGUCCUUUUGGCAACAAGGUCAAAGGAGAAAAAGUAAGCAACUCAGGGGCGAGCUGUGACUCCUUUAGAGCAAAAGAGAGGUAGCCCCCCAUUACCAAAUACCGCUUCUGCCUGGGGCCUUUGCGACAUGCAGCAUCCCUGUCCCGGCUCUGGUACCUUAUCAUUUGAUAAGGACCUUAUUGUCUUUCUACCACCUCAUCACUUGAAAUGAUAAUAUAGCCUGUCUGUAUGCCGAAUCAAGGCUGUGAUAUAUUUUCCUAGUGGCUGGGUUUUAAAAAAUAAAUAAGGUUUAAUUUUUCCUCCA